UAGUGGGAGCCCAGCGCCGCCGGGAGCCGCCUGCCGCUCGGUCCAUCCGUCCGUCUGCCCGCUCGGUCCGUCUCCCGGAGCCGCAGCCGCGGGAGCUGCUGCGGGCGUUGGCAGGUUGACCAACCCAGAUCACAGUGCUAGUGACCUGAAGCAAGGAUCCUGCCCAAUGCAUGAUCAGUACAACCUGACUUCUUCUUGAGGAGAACAAAUAUUUCUCUGAAAGUCUUUCCCUUCAAAGCAGCACGCAGGACAAGCUUGGAUAGAACGAAAUACAUGGGACACACAGACAAUUAAAGACUAGAAUAGACGCUGUGCUUCCAGUCCCAAGAUUUUUAAAGGAGGAGUUGGACCAAAGAGCCUGAAGACCAUGGAGGGAGACUGUCUGAGCUGCAUGAAGUACCUGAUGUUUCUUUUCAAUUUCUUUAUAUUUCUGGGAGGAGCGUGCCUGCUGGGACUUGGAAUCUGGGUCAUUGUGGAUCCCACAGGUUUUCGAGAGAUAGUGGCUGCCAACCCUCUGCUCUUCACAGGAGCGUACAUCAUGUUGGCUAUGGGAGCAAUGCUCUUUCUGCUGGGUUUCCUCGGCUGCUGUGGUGCCAUCCGUGAGAACAAAUGCCUCCUGCUUUUUUUCUUCAUGUUUAUUUUGUUAAUCUUCCUGGCAGAGCUUUCAGCUGCAAUCCUGGCUUUUAUCUUCAGAGAAAAUCUGACCAGAGAGUUUUUCACUAAGGAGCUGAAGAAGCAUUACCAGAGAAACAACGACACAGAUGUCUUCUCUUCCACCUGGAACUCUGUUAUGAUCACAUUUGCCUGCUGUGGAGUGAACGGACCAGAAGAUUUUGAAGCUAUCCCUCAUCUUCCACACUCCUCUUUGGAAAAGAUGACACCGGAGGCUUGUUGCCAGCGAGAGCUCCAGAGCCGGGAGGGGAUGUUUGUCAACAAGGAAGCUUGCCUCACAGGCAUCGAGAGGUUUCAGAACCGACAAGGCUGCUACACUGUGAUCCUGAACUCCUUUGAGACCUACGUGUACCUUGCAGGAGCCCUUGCCAUCGGAGUGUUGGCUAUUGAGCUGUUCGCUAUGAUCUUCGCUAUGUGUCUCUUCCGAGGGAUCCAGUAAGAAAUGGCCCGUGGACCUCCAUGUUCCCCACAUGUUCAGAAGAAAGAAGGAAAAUCGAAACAAAAUCUGAAAACACCCAAAAAACUUUAUUUUUUUUAAAAUGGGAUAGGGAGGGGAAAAAAAAAAAAGAAAAAAAGAGGGUUGUAAUAUAUGAAUGACCAAAAGGAUUGUACUUCAGGGGCUGGAACUUUGAGGUGAUGUGCACUACACUGUACACCAGACCCUUGCCCAGAGCCACCCGCAGCAGCCGUGGAGCAGGAGCCCAGCACAGCGAUUGCACUAGAGACUGAUGGAGCCAGUGGAGGGGGUGUGGGAGGAUGAGCACAGCUGCCUCUUCCACAAGGCUGAGCCUACCAUGCACAAUUUCAUCGUGCUUUAGACAGCAAAGGACUGAAGAACAGACACACAAGGGACUGGAUAAGGCAACAGGUUAGCCUUGAUUGUCCAGGUGGGUUUGAAACAAGUGGUGGUGGCUCAUCUAAGUAGGUAGUCAUUGUUUGCGUGAUUCUGGCUUUAAUUUCCAGCCACAGAAUGAAAACACAGAUUCUUCAGUAGAAGCUUUGCCCUUGUCACGUGAAACUUGUCUGAGAAGUCUAGCACUUCAGCGAGGCUGGCUUUUCUCCAGAGCCCCAAGCAGGGGCAGCAUGAUCUAACUUGGCAAUGGGACUCAGCUAAGGCUGGCUAAGGGUCAAGAGUUUGGUGCCUACCUUUCUGUUUUUACUAAGAUUUAUUGUUAAUUGUUGUGAAAGAGACCAAAUGGUUCCCUGCUGUGUUCCCAUCCCCUGGGAAAAAUAAUGGUCCAGUCAAGAAUCACUGACCUGCUGCCUUCCUGAGAAGGGGAGGAUAGAAUCUUUAAAUCUGGUAAGCCUUUGCCUUUCCCUUGAUACUUGCAAAAAAACGGUUUAUGGUGCUUUGUUAGCAUAACUAUUUGCAGUGGUUCCUACAUCCUUUCCAGCCAUAAGGGGAGGUCCAGUCAUGGUGCUGGAUGGAAGAGGCUUAGGUUUGUCAACCACUCCAUGCUGUUUGCCUGGAACAGUCUGUUGGCAUCAUUUCUGCUCAGAGAAUUUCCCCUGAGAUUCUCUCAUGGGCUCAUGAUGAAAGUAAUCAUCAAGUCAGAAUUGUUUUAGUUGAGAGUGUUUCCUCCCUUGAGAUAGUUUUUUAUUUAACUAACGUGUCAUCUACUCAAUCAUUUGGAAGUGAACUUGAGAAAGAUGCUUGGGACUGGACCUUAGUCAGAGAUUAAGCUGGAGCUUCUGAGGCCCCAGGCAGGCUCUAAGAGCACCCAGCGUGCAGACAAACUGCUCCAGCUGCUGCUCCAGUGGUCAUGGAUAUCAACUCAGGCAGGUCGCUGGUUUCUCUUCUCUGGAAUCAUCAACCCCUGUUGCCUUAAUUGUUCAUCUGGUCACUCUCUGACCCCAAACUCAUUUUUCCUGGGGGAGGAUAGAAAGGGCUGUGGUUUCUCAUUUAGCUUAGGUCUUUUUACAGAUUUUAUAGGCUCAGAUUAUGUGAGCAUUUUUAUAUAGGCUCAAAUCAGCUCUUCUGAAAGCUGUAACCUCUGGCAAGGAAGGAGCUGAGCAGUAACCUCAUGCCCUGGCUUUGCAGCUGCAGGAGGUACAUCCUCUGGCUGUUCCCUUACAUCCCUGUAAGGGAUGUGUCCCUUGAGCUCUCCCACUGGCACUGCACAGACUACAGGCAAGGGAGAAAAGCAGCAGAAAGCCUAGGCCAUAAUUGACAAAGAUCCUAGCUAAAUAUCCAGGUUGGGGAAUCAAGAUACUAAGGAACAGGAAAGAGGCGUUAGAAGCUUUUUCUCUUCAUUUGAGAACAAAACUUUAUUCAUCAGCAGGAUAGGGCUGGGCAGGUAGAGCUGCAGCCCCCCCCUGCUGCAGUCAGCAUAUUCAGCAAUGAAACAGGCGGCCAGGGCUGCUGAGCAGCCCCAGAUGUUGCAUUAAACCUUGUGGAAAGCUGUUCUGAACUAUUUCCCUCUGGACCUUUUUGUAAUGAGGCAUUGUAGCAUUAAAUUCUGGUCUGUUGUUUAAUAAAGGAAAACAGUUUGGUUAGCCAAAACCCAGCAGUAUUUGUACUGGACAGCAGGUGCUGCACUUAAGAUAAGAAAUAUCUGCUGCAUCUACUAGUCUCGUAGGGAAUGGGCCGAGCAGAAGGUGAGCUUAUCUGUUCUCCUUCUGCCUCAGGAGUUGGUGUCAGUUACUGUUCUGGGAGAGCAAAUCCCAGGGAAAGAACAAAACUGUCAGAAGAGACAGUAAUUUGGCUGGAGGUUAUUGAGAGAAGUAGAACUGCCUCCCCCAGUCUCCAGUUUUUUUCUUUCCCCUUGGUUUAUUAUGCAGAGUCCUCAGGUCAGAGCCUGGAAGGCAGAUACUCUAAUUUGUGCACGGUGGGUGGUUGAAAGGAAAGAAAAAAAGCCUUUAAGCCUUUUUCUGCCACCAGUGGCAUGGGAGAGAG